AUGCAAAAGAAUGAAUACCAUCACUAUAUUCCAAGAUUCAUUUUACGUAACUUUGCUAUUGACAAUUAUGAGAAUGUAUUCACGAAUAAUAGAAAGUUAUUCGGUCAGAAACAAAAGUUUUGGAAGUCAAAAAGGAAAGGUGAAUUUCUCCAAACUUAUAAUAGGGCCAAUAAUCAAUUGGGCACUUCUUUGAUUGCAAGAAUUUAUGGAUAUACCAACAUGUACGAGGAUCUUAAUAAUAAUGACACCAUGCAUGUGGAAAAAAAAUUAUCUAUUCUUGAAGAGAAAGCAUCAAAAGUAGUCAGAGACAUUAUCGAAACAUCUCAAACAAAAAGCCAAAUUGUCUUGCUUAGGAAAAAUCUUGCUGACUUACGCAAAUUCCUCUUCAUUAUGAACUAUCGAAAACCUGCUAGAAGAAAUCAGUUUGCAGAUAAGAGGUUUGAUAUUGCCACUUGGUCAAUGGUAGAAAGUUUUAUGCAGGAGCACAAUUUACAAAAGUCGCAAGAAGUGUGGUUACAGAACGUCCGAGAAAUAAUUGAUACCCCCCAUGAAGAUGUCAAUGACAACACAAGAAUAUUUCCGGUAGAUAGAAUGGAUUAUAGGCUGCGCAUGAUUGAUUGUUUCGUCGCAAUUUGGCAAGCUGGUGAUAAUGAUGAAUUUAUUAUGACCAGCAAUGCGUUUGGAAUUUUUGAAGGUAUAAAUAUUAACAGACCCUUGCAAAUGGGAGGUCCAAUUCAAAAAGCUUUCCAUUAUUUUUACGUCAUUUCUCCAAAGCUAGCUCUAGUCCUUUGUGAUUCUGGAUUUCGAGAAGAUGUUGGAUUUGAGACUUUAGAUAAAUUUUUUGGAUCUAAACAUCGUUCGCUUUUUCAAAAUGUUCCUCAUCCACCACCAAUUCCGGAAUAUGUUGGCCUUAAAGAUGGUAAAGUAAAUCCAAAUAAAGAUCUUGAUGAACCAUUUGAUUGGAGCAAAUAUGACAAUACGUUUGAUUGGUGGAAAAAUCAAGUAGGGUUCAAAACUCAAGAUAAUGACAAAUUUACCAUUACCUUCGUUAAAGUCAAUUCAGCCACUGUUCACCUUGUAAACUCAAUUGUGCUUAAUGAGGCUAACCCAGACUUAUAA